CGCAUUGGUUGACGAGGCCCUGCUCCCACCCAACAAAUCCAAUCGGCAUUUCGAAAACCCCCUUUACUCUUUAUUUAUUGGGAACUAGACUAGAAGUAGAGGCAGUUGAUUUUUUAUGUAGUUGCAUUAUUAUUUUUAGUUCUCUUGCAGUUGUACUUCCAAAGAUGGAUUCUCAAGAUUCUCAACUCCCUCUACCCCACCACCACCACCACCACCAGGCUCUCCACCAUCACCACCAGCAGCAGCAGCAGCACCAACCGGGUCCCACAAUGAUGGUGGCGCCGCCCCAGCAACACAACUCCUACGCCGCAAUCCAUAACAACGUAUCUGCCCACAUGAUGCAUCAUCAUCAUCAACAACAACCAAACCCUCGGUUUCCUUUCAACUCCAUGGUGGGCCCUGCCACGGGUCCGGGCACUGCUCCUAAACCAGUCGCCAUGGAUUACUCCGAUAUGUCGUCACCUGGGGCUACUGGUUUCAGCAUUGAGCCCGCCCGGAAGAAGAGGGGCCGACCUAGGAAGUACUCGCCUGAUGGGAACAUUGCUCUCGCACUCUCUCCCACUCCAGUUUCUUCAUCCAUCUUAGUCCAACCCGACUCCGGCGGGGCUGGGGCAGGUUCCAGCACUGCCCCUCCAACUCUUUCGUCCGAGAAUCAGGCCAAGAAGGCCCGUGGCAGGCCGCCUGGCUCCAUAAAGAAACAAAUGGAUGCUCUUGGGUCUGCUGGAGUUGGUUUUACACCCCAUGUUAUCACUGUAGAACCCGGAGAGGAUGUAGCUUUGAAGAUAAUGGAAUUUUCUCAACAAGGACCAAGGACAGUUUGCAUUCUUUCUGCAAUUGGCGCUAUUUGUAAUGUUACCCUUCGACAACCUUCCAGUGGCGGUGGAAGUGUGACGCUAGAGGGGCAGUUUGAAAUCAUCUCCUUGUCAGGGUCAUUCUUGUUUUCAGAAAGUGGGGGUCACCACAGUAGGCCGAGUGGGCUGAGUGUGUCAUUGGCCGGGGCAGAUGGCAAAGUUGUAGGGGGUGGGGUUGCAGGUGCCCUAAAGGCAGCAUCCCAAGUACAGCUGAUUGUUGGCAGUUUCAUUGCUGAUGGUAAGAAGCCGAAGUAUAAGCCAUCAUCAACGCCCCCACCACCACCAUUGAACACCCCAAAUUUCGGUGCCCAAGCUGCUGCAGAAGCCAGUCCAUCAGAGGAUGCCUCAAGUGCAUCAUCUGAUGAAAAUGGAGGGGGGACCCCUCUGAAUCGCGGGCCCUUGUCCUAUGGUGGCAGUGCCAUCCAGCCAAUCCAAACAACAACGCCGAUGUACGGAGGAAACUUGGGAUGGCCGAGUUCCUCGGUCAAGAUGCAUCAUCAUCUUCCAUAAUAAAUAGUGUUGUCUAUGGCUCUCGUCUUUUCGGUACCUCGCCUGACCGCGCAGCUAGCUAGAUUCUCUACCCUGCAGAUGUUAGAUAGGCUAACAGGCGUUCUUUUGAUUCUACCCUUAUCCUUUCCCCAGAUUCAAUAGGCAAGCAAUGGUUUUCUUUUAAGCCACAGGUGUCCUUGUGUUUGUUCGCGUUUUAGUAGUUGUUGUUCACAUAAUGUUUGGGUAUGUGUAUGCGGUUUCCAUCAUUGAAUUUUUCUUUGUAAAACAUGAUUUUUAGGAGUAUUAUCAUUACUUGUAAUAUAGGAUUUUUCUUAAUAGAACAGGAAUCUUCAAUUUAGGAUUUUUUUUACUAGAUU